GCGUGAGUGCGGGGACAUAAAAACAUCAAGGAUGAGAUACACAACGCUUCUUUCUCUUCAUCUCCUUGUCCUCGCCUCCGUCUUCCUCCUCCACUGUGCCAGGGCGGAAGGAGACGAGGACAAUGAGAAGAAACUCAGCGCUCUGAGCUCCAAGAAAUCCACGACCAAGUCUGAGAACAUUCCCAGGUGGUUCAACCCCAAGACGAUGAGGAGGGUGGGAUCCGACAAGGUUAAUGUCUUCGGUUAUGCCGCCUUCAUCCCUAGCAAGGAACCGAAAUACAACCCGAUUACUGAUCACAAGCUUCCGCUUGCACGACGAUUGAAUGCAGGUUACAUCCUGCCAAACACUUUCACACCGAGGGAAUGGGCUCCUUUGCGCCGUUUCUUUGAGGAACCAGAACAGGUUGAAAAUGCUGCUGGAGUCCCACAGAGUUUCCGUCUAGAGCAUCGGUUCGUCUCCUGGUUCACUGUCGUCUCAACCAUCUUCGGCGAGUUCGGUUACGUUCCUCGCAUCGGCGACUACUUUGCAGAGGAUCCUCUCACACCGCACUACCGUCAUGGUAUCAACUCUCUACCUUCUCCUCUCGCCAUUCCUCGAAUUGUCGGGUGGCUUUUCGUCAGCUUGUUCCCGGCAAACUGGCUGAAGUAA